CCAACUAUAUCCUCACCUAACAUUUUUAAUUUUAUCCUCACAUACAACUGAUAUUUUAAGAGUCGUUCUUGGCAGAUGCCCUAUUCCUUCCACUUCAUCUCAGUCUUUGGAAGAUCAGCCAUGGAACAGAUCAAGCACACUCAUGUUCAAGUAAGAGGGCUAAAGCUACAUGUGGCAGAAAUUGGCAUUGGUACUAAGGUGGUGUUGUUCCUUCAUGGAUUCCCAGAAAUCUGGUACACAUGGAGGCACCAGAUGGUUGCAGUUGCAGAAGCUGGCUACAGAGCAAUAGCUAUUGAUUUCAGGGGCUAUGGACUCUCCGAUCAGCCGCCUGCGCCGGAGGAAGGAACCUUUAUGGAUCUCGUUCAUGAUGUUGUUGCUCUUCUUGACACUCUUGGCAUCAGUAAGGUUUUUGUAGUUGGGAAGGAUUUUGGGGCUGUACCAGUGAGCAUGCUAGCUGCUCUCCACCCCGACAGGGUGUCUGCGUCGGUUACACUUGGUGUCCCUUUCUUGCUUCCUGGUCCUAAUGCUGUCCAAAAUCAUCUCAUGCCAAAAGGUUUCUACAUAACAAGGUGGCAGGAGCUAGGGAGAGCUGAAGUAGAUUUCGGCCGGUUAGAUGUCAAGACAGUGGUAAGAAACAUCUACAUUCUUUUCUCUGGGGUUGAGCCACCAGUUGCAGGAGAUGAUCAGGAGAUCAUGGACCUGGUUGAUCCUUCUACUCCUUUACCACCUUGGUUUUCUGAGGAAGAUCUAGCUGUUUAUGCUUCUCUUUACGAGAAGUCCGGAUUUCGAUAUCCUUUACGGGUUCCAUACAGGAGUAUGGGAAUAGAUUGUGGGGUAACUGAUCCAAAAGUAAAAUGUCCAGCAUUGUUGAUUAUGGGGGAGAAGGACUACGUCCUGAAAUUUGCAGGUAUGGAGGAUUACAUAAGAAGUGGACAAGUGAAGCAAUUUGUGCCUGAAUUGAGUAUCUUAUUCUUGGAAGAAGGAUGCCAUUUUGUUCAUGAACAACUACCAGAGAAAGUGAAUGCGAUUCUCAUCGAAUUCCUCAACAAACAUAGUAAUUGAAGUUGAUGUCCUUUGACCACCUCAACUAUAGUAAUGGUUCCACUUCAGAAAAUGAAGUGUAUGCUUCUUAUGAGGCAGAGAUGAUUGAUUUCCAUGUAAUGUAUUUGGAGAUAUGAAUUUCCCUUUCAAUGAUAUGGAUUUUCACUUACAAAAAUAAAAGGACUAUUUAAUUCUAAA